CCCAGCUGUGAGCUCAGGGCGUCCCCACCAUGGCCUGGACCCGUCUCCUGCUUCCCCUCCUCACUCUCUGCACAGGUUCUGUGGCCUCUUCUGCGCUGACGCAGCCACCUGCGGUGUCUGUGUCCUUGGGACAGACGGCCAGGAUCACCUGCCAGGGAGACAGCUUAGGAAGCUAUGAUGCUCAAUGGUACCAGCAGAAGCCAGGCCAGGCCGCUAUGCUGGUCAUUUAUGGUGAUAGCAACCUGGAGUCAGGGGUCCCUGACCGAUUCUCUGGUUCCAAAUCAGGCAAAAUUGCCACCCUGACCAUCAGCAGGGCCCAGGCCGAGGACGAGGCUGACUAUUACUGUCAGCCCAAGUCCUCGCCCUCAGUCACUCUGUUCGCGCCCUCCACUGAGGAGCUCAACGCCAACAAGGCCACCCUGGUGUGUCUCAUCAAUGACUUCUACCCGGGCAGCGUGACGGUGGCCUGGAAGUCAGGCAGCACCACCAUCACCAAGGGCGUGGAGACCAGCCAGCCCUCGAAACAGAGCAACAGCAAGUACGCGGCCAGCAGCUACCUGGCCCUGACGGCCAGCGAGUGGAAAUCUUAUGAGAAGGGGGUCAGCUGCCAGGUCACGCACGAUGGGAAAACCGUGGAGAAGACAGUGUCGCCCUCCGAGUGCCCUUAGGUCCUGGUCCUCACAUCCUCAGGGGACUGGAGCCACAGGACCCCUGGAGGGUCUACCCACCCACCCUGGUCCCCCCAGCCCUUCCUCCUGCACCCAAUCAACUCUCAAUAAAAUGUCCUCAUUGUCAUUCAGAA